GCACUGGUGGUUAAGAGAACUUUUCUGCUUACAACUCUUCAGAAUUAUUUUAGUUUUUUCGUCCUUUUAUUGUUAUUUUAUUGAGCUCUGGGGUCCAUUAGGGCACUGCGUGAGUGUGGAAUGUCUGAACUGGUGCGAAUUCGUAGGAAACGACUGCAGAUCCCCAUCUCUAGACUGAGGAGCAUUUUGAAGCAGCUAGAGGAAAAAGAUGUCGACUUCGAAGAAAUAAAAAAAAAUCUGGAUCUCACAGCUUCGUUACUGGAGUCAGUUUACCACGAUGGAUCAAGGCAGUGUCUGGAGUCCGAGGAUGACCUCCAGCAGUUACAGUCAGACGGCGUGCCUACAGAGGUCACUGAUUGGCUGGCGUCUACUUUUACCCAGAGGGUUCGGCAGCCUGUACGACGCUCGGAUGAGAAGCCCAAGUUUCGCAGCAUUGUACACGCAGUGCAGGCUGGGAUAUUUGUGGAGAGGAUGUUCAAGAGGGCCUACACAGCAACCAUGCCAGACCAACCUGCCGCGGCCGUAAACUGCCUCAGGGAUAUUGACCGCUGGAACUUUGACGUGUUUGCUCUGAACUCGGCCAGUUCUGAUCACGCUCUGCAGACUCUGUUCUUUGAGCUGAUCACCAGAUAUGGUCUCAACAGCCGGUUUAAGAUACCAAUCUCGUGCCUCACAGAGUUCCUGUCUGCACUGGAGAGAGGAUAUUGCAAACACAACAACCCGUACCACAGCCACGUUCAUGCUGCUGACGUCACGCAGACACUGCACUGCCUGCUGCUGCGCUCUGGACUCGUGUACAAAUUGUACAACUGUCACUCUUUAAACUCUCUUCUUCUUCUCUCUUCACCUCGUCUCUUGCUCGUUCUCUAUCUAUCCACCAGGUCAGAGUUUGCAUUGAUGUACAAUGAUCGGUCGGUACAGGAAAGCCAUCAUCUGAGUGCAGCGUUCCGCCUGCUGCAGGACGACCGAAUGAACAUCUUCACUAAUUUGACAAGAGAGGAAUGGAUGGAGCUGCGAUCACUUGUCAUUGAGAUGGUUUUGUCCACGGACAUGUCCUCCCACCUGCUCCAAGUCAAAGGGAUGAAAUCCUGUCUUCAGCAACAAGAACGAAUUGACAAGCCCAAAGCACUUUCUCUGCUGCUGCACACGGCCGACAUCAGCCAUCCAUCCAAGCCCUGGGUGCUGCACUCUCGCUGGACCAAAUCCCUGAUGGAGGAGUUCUUCAGGCAGGGUGAUAGAGAGGCAGAGCUCGGCCUGCCCUUCUCUCCUCUGUGCGAUCGAAAAAGUACCCUGGUAGCCGAGUCUCAGAUUGGUUUCAUAGACUUCAUAGUGUAUCCCACAUUCUCUCUACUGACUGACAUGGCUGAAAAGAUUGUUAUUCCUUUGGUAGAGGAGAACCCAGGCCCACAAGACCCCUGCAACAGACACAGUAAUCUUUGGAAGGAGAGCUCCAGGGGUCUGCAGUGGAGUCUCGCUCACAUCACAGCUGAGCUGGUGAGCUUCCGCUCCACCUGGACACGACACACCGAAGACAACAAGCUAAAAUGGAAGGAGAGUGGCUCCAAUGGAUUUUCAGACCCCAGUGUGACAAAAGGGCAGAGAUCCAGGCAAGAGGAGCUGUCAGAAAACUCCCUGCAAGACCCCACUACGGAUUCAGAACAGUAGAGAGGACUUUCUUUGUGAUAUCUGCUUUUAUCAUAGGUUAACUGAGAUUAAUGCUGAGUCACUGUUUAUUACAAAGCCACAAAGCCUUCUUAUAUCAUGGUUUAGGGAGCUAGAGGAGGGCUGGUUUAGGCUUAACAUCGUCUUCCCAAGGUAAGAUGCAAUAUAUUCAAACAAAUGUCUUGGUGUCUUAUUUCAAGUGAAGUAUACUGUGAUAAUUUAAAUGUAAAGUGUACAUGCUGGCCAUGUUAUACAGUAUCAUGCAUUAUAAUAAAUUAAUUUGCCACCUAUACACUUGUAAGGAACAUUGUACCUUUAUUAGUUUGAACUGUACACAAAUUAUAAAAUCAUGUUAUUAAUUAAAGAAUAAUAUUGAAAAUA